GAGGUGCCGGGAAGGGCGGGCGGGGCCGGGGCCGCGGGCGGGGGGCGGGGGCGCCGCGCUGCCCAUUUCCUCUUCGGAGCCGGACUGGAGGGAGACAAAGCGGCGGCCGUCGGCUUCGGGCCUCGGGAAUUCUUCCUGCGCUCGCCCACUCGCCGCAGAAAUGACUGCUGUCCAUGCAGGCAACAUAAACUUCAAAUGGGACCCCAAAAGUCUAGAGAUCAGGACUCUGGCAGUUGAGAGACUGUUGGAGCCUCUUGUUACACAGGUUACAACUCUGGUAAACACCAAUAGUAAAGGGCCCUCGAAUAAGAAGAGAGGCCGUUCUAAGAAGGCCCAUGUUUUGGCUGCAUCUGUUGAACAAGCAACUGAGAAUUUUUUGGAGAAGGGGGAUAAAAUUGCAAAGGAGAGUCAAUUUCUCAAGGAGGAGCUUGUGGCUGCUGUAGAAGAUGUUCGAAAACAAGGUGAUUUGAUGAAGACUGCUGCGGGAGAGUUUGCAGAUGAUCCCUGCUCUUCUGUGAAGCGUGGCAACAUGGUUCGGGCAGCUCGAGCUUUGCUCUCUGCUGUUACCCGGCUGCUUAUUUUGGCUGACAUGGCAGAUGUCUACAAAUUACUUGUUCAGCUGAAAGUUGUGGAAGAUGGUAUCUUGAAACUGAGGAAUGCUGGCACUGAACAAGACUUAGGAAUACAGUAUAAAGCCCUGAAACCUGAAGUGGAUAAGCUGAACAUUAUGGCAGCCAAAAGGCAACAGGAACUGAAAGAUGUGGGCCAUCGUGAUCAGAUGGCUGCAGCCAGAGGAAUCCUGCAGAAAAAUGUUCCGAUCCUCUAUACUGCGUCCCAGGCAUGCCUCCAGCACCCUGAUGUUGCAGCCUAUAAGGCUAACAGAGACCUGAUAUAUAAGCAGCUGCAGCAGGCGGUCACAGGCAUUUCCAAUGCAGCCCAGGCCACUGCAUCAGACGAUGCUUCCCAGCACCAGGGUGGAGGAGGAGGAGAACUGGCUUAUGCGCUCAAUAACUUUGAUAAACAAAUCAUUGUGGAUCCCUUGAGCUUCAGUGAGGAGCGCUUUAGGCCUUCCCUGGAGGAGCGCCUAGAGAGCAUCAUCAGUGGGGCUGCCCUGAUGGCUGACUCGUCUUGCACGCGUGAUGACCGGCGUGAGAGAAUUGUGGCAGAGUGUAAUGCUGUCCGCCAGGCCUUGCAGGACUUGCUCUCAGAGUACAUGGGUAAUGCUGGACGUAAAGAAAGAAGUGAUGCACUCAAUUCUGCCAUAGAUAAAAUGACUAAGAAGACUAGAGACUUGCGUAGACAGCUACGCAAAGCCGUCAUGGACCAUGUUUCAGAUUCAUUCCUGGAAACCAACGUUCCACUUUUAGUAUUGAUUGAAGCUGCAAAGAAUGGAAAUGAGAAAGAAGUUAAGGAAUAUGCUCAAGUUUUCCGUGAACAUGCCAACAAAUUGAUUGAGGUUGCCAACUUGGCCUGUUCCAUCUCAAACAAUGAAGAAGGUGUAAAGCUUGUUCGAAUGUCAGCAAGUCAGCUAGAAGCUCUCUGUCCUCAGGUUAUCAAUGCUGCAUUGGCUUUAGCAGCAAAACCACAGAGUAAACUGGCCCAAGAGAACAUGGAUCUUUUUAAAGAACAGUGGGAAAAACAAGUCCGUGUUCUCACAGAUGCUGUCGAUGACAUUACUUCCAUUGAUGACUUCUUGGCUGUCUCAGAGAAUCACAUUUUGGAAGAUGUGAACAAAUGUGUCAUUGCUCUCCAAGAGAAAGAUGUGGAUGGGCUGGACCGCACAGCUGGUGCGAUUCGAGGCCGGGCUGCUAGGGUCAUCCAUGUAGUCACAUCAGAGAUGGACAACUAUGAGCCAGGGGUCUACACAGAGAAGGUCCUGGAAGCCACCAAGCUGCUCUCCAACACAGUCAUGCCACGUUUUACUGAGCAAGUAGAGGCAGCUGUGGAAGCCCUCAGCUCGGACCCUGCCCAGCCCAUGGAUGAGAAUGAGUUUAUUGAUGCCUCCCGCCUAGUGUACGAUGGCAUCCGGGACAUCAGGAAAGCGGUGUUGAUGAUAAGGACCCCUGAGGAACUGGAUGAUUCUGACUUCGAGACAGAAGACUUUGAUGUCAGAAGUAGGACAAGUGUCCAGACAGAAGAUGAUCAACUGAUUGCUGGCCAGAGUGCCCGGGCGAUCAUGGCUCAGCUUCCCCAGGAGCAAAAAGCAAAGAUUGCAGAACAGGUGGCCAGCUUCCAGGAAGAAAAGAGCAAGCUGGAUGCUGAAGUGUCCAAAUGGGACGACAGUGGUAAUGACAUCAUCGUGCUGGCCAAGCAGAUGUGCAUGAUCAUGAUGGAGAUGACCGACUUCACCCGAGGUAAAGGACCUCUCAAAAAUACAUCGGAUGUGAUCAGUGCCGCCAAGAAAAUUGCUGAGGCGGGAUCCAGGAUGGAUAAGCUCGGCAGAACCAUUGCAGACCACUGCCCCGACUCAGCCUGCAAGCAGGACUUGCUGGCCUACCUGCAGCGUAUCGCCCUCUACUGCCACCAGCUCAACAUCUGCAGCAAAGUCAAGGCUGAGGUGCAGAAUCUCGGUGGAGAGCUCGUUGUCUCUGGGGUGGACAGCGCCAUGUCCCUGAUCCAGGCUGCCAAGAACUUGAUGAACGCGGUAGUGCAGACGGUGAAGGCAUCCUAUGUGGCCUCCACCAAAUACCAGAAGUCUCAGGGUAUGGCUUCCCUCAACCUUCCAGCUGUUUCGUGGAAGAUGAAGGCACCUGAGAAAAAGCCCUUGGUGAAGAGAGAGAAACAGGAUGAGACACAAACCAAGAUUAAACGGGCAUCUCAGAAGAAGCAUGUGAACCCUGUGCAGGCCCUCAGCGAGUUCAAAGCCAUGGACAGCAUCUAGGGCCACCCUGCCCAGCUGCCCCCACUCUUUGGGGCUUCUAAAGAUCAGUCACGGCUCUUCACUCAAAUGUAUUUGCUAAAUAGAACACUGAUGUUAGAUUCCACAGAGAAAUAGGCAGAUUUUAAACCUGGCCAGGUGGUGAAUUUUUGGCAAGGACAUACUUGUGUUUAAAUUGGUUAAAAAUACUUUUGGAAUUCAGGAGCUUAUUUCUAGCUAUAUUUUUUAUAAGGUUAAAUAAAAAUUCCAUAACCAAAGAGAAACUCACAUUAACUUGUUAGUGAUACUCUUGACUGAGUUCUCAGUGUGGCAUUGGGGUUUGAGAUGCCGUAUUGGAGUCAACCUGGGUUCAGUGAGGGGGCCUCCACCAAGUCCUGGGUUCCGGGGGGGCGCAGGGAGGGGGGUUGGCUGGUAUCACAUGACCAGACAUGUUCCAGUGUAAACUGCCUGGGCAUCUUAGGAAGGUGUGCCAGGAGAAGGAACGUUCCCAGAAAGGUCUUGGAGGGACAAGCCACAUGAAGCUCAGUAAAACGUAAUGUAUCAUGAAGAAAACUGAUUACUCUCUUUAUGACAUGAAAUGAGAAUUUUAAUGCCUGGUUACAAUUACUAAUGUACUCUGCUGCAGGACAUUAAUAAAGUUGCUUUUUUUCAGACUAGAAUGUUGUGAUGCCCUAAUCAGAACAUGCUUUUUUUUUUUCCCUUUCCUCAGCUUCAAAUGCAAAUUCAUCAUUGGGCUCACUUCUAGUAAUUGCAGUGUUUCCUGCCUUGGGCUUUGCAACAGAAGCCUGACAAAAUAGGGUUUGCUUAGGCAAUAAUUUAGACUUUACCUUAUUUGUGAUUACUACAGCGAUUACUAUAGCUACGAGGUAUAAUUUUACUGUCUUUAUUUAAAUUUUAUUAAUCUGAAUGUUUUUUACACUAACUUUUCCCAAUAAAGUCCACUAUGAAACCAA